GGGCAGAUGGUCUUGUCAGAAAGCUGACCUAGCUGAUGCAUGUCACCGUCUUUACUGAGAUGUAACUGGACAGCUCUGAAGUGAUUGAGGAAGAAUGUGCUUGUCAUCCGGGCCUUAGGAGAGAUGUGUAUGUGCACAGGGUGCAUCUCAUACUGAUGAGGAUAAUAUUGUUCGAGACAAGAAAAAAGUGAAAAGUAUGUUAAAGCAGGCCAGCUCAAGAAAAAGGAGUCCACAAGUGGUAGAUGAACAGGCUCCUAAACUGAAGAAAAAAAAGCAGCCAACAGAAUGUUUUCUUGCCAAAAGUGAGGAAGAAGCUGGCAGUGGUGAAGGCCCAAAGAAACAGAAGCGGAGAAGGAAGAAGAAAAUUUCAGAUAUUGCUGAAUCUGGACCAGGAACUCCUGAUGAUCUGCGGAAGAUGAUACAGAAGUGCUUAAAAUCCAAGCGUUUGGCAAUUGAAAUGGAAGAAUGCAGUUUGCCAGAUUCCUGUUUUCUGCCAGUAAAUGACCUCACACACACCCUGGCAUCAUACCUCAAAGAAAGCUGUCCCAAAUGGGCUAAGCUGUGUAAGAAUCACAGUGAAAGGAACAGCCUUCUAAUGCUGAUAGUCUGUGGCUCAGCUCAUCGUGUCUUGGAACUCAUCAGGCUUCUUACAUCAUUCAAGGGAAACUGCAGAAUAUUGAAACUGUUUGCAAAGCAUAUAAAGGUAGAAGAGCAAGUAAAAUGGCUAAGGAAUGGUAUCAACCAUCUUGGUAUAGGGACACCUGGAAGAAUAAAAACUCUGAUAGAGCAAGAUGCAAUCAGCCUUGACUCACUAAAGUAUGUGAUUUUUGACUGGAACUGGAGAGAUCAGAAGUUGAGAAGAAUGAUGGAUAUUCCAGAGAUUCAACAGGAUACUAUCACACUGCUGGAAAGUGGCAUCAUAGCUGCUUGCAGGGCUGGAUCCUUGAAGCUAGGACUGUUUUAAUGAAAGACAAAGUGCUGCAGAUGUAUUAAUGGAUUCCCCAUCCUCUGCUUUUGGAGCAAACAUAUACAGGGUUUUACUGCAUGCUGUUUUAUAUUUGUUGUACUGAUCGUCUUAUGUGCUGUUGUAACCAAAUGUCACAAUUCUGAACCCAUUUGCUGUGCCUAUAAAGACUAAUUUGUUACAUGGUGUAGCAUUAUGUAAUAAAAAACUGUAGUCUUUUAUACAUUCAACAUGUUUGUUUUAGGUGUCUGUUGGGAAUGCCUGUGUCUAAAUGUUGGCUGUAUUCAGAAAGAACGUGUAUGUGCUUCAUUGAUCAGAGUUACAUGUGUGUUUGUGUGUGUAAGUGUACGAAAAUUUGUGUACUGACUGAUGAAGGCCGCUUUUAUUAAAAUAUACUGUAAAUGACUGACACCCUUUUUUGUUGCUGAUAGUCAUCAUUAGAAAUAAUGGACAAUGCCACAAUCAGAUGUGUACCAUUUUUUUUUGUAGGUAACCAGCUGCACAGGUAAAUGCAUCAAGGAAAAUAUAAUCAAACAUUUUUGCUGUAUUAGGUGUAAGGUGCUACUGUUAAAGGUACUGUAGUUAUUCUUUUAUAAUGGUACAACAUGAAAUCACUUUUUUCUUUCAGUAACAUCUACAUAUAUAACAUAUGGUGAUCAAAACAGAAAAUGUUUUAAAAUCUGAAAUUUGUGCCAUUUACUGACUCAGGCAUCCACUUUAAUAAAGCAAGCUGAUUGCUACACAGAAACAUUUUUCCCAUUUUACCCAAAAUGGUAAUUGUAGCUUGUGUUCUUUUAUCUAGUUGUAUGCUUAAAAUCAUAAUUAAAUAUAUUAAUCAGAAUACCAGCUGCUUGGCAAAAGGGAUAAAACCCUGAAUGUGACCUAGGUGACUUGGAAUCAUCUAACAACCUAGGCGCUGGAGGAGCCAAGGUUUGUGGGCAACACUGGCUCACCAUAUUAGGCUGAUUGAAAGAGUUUGCUGCAUUACAAGUCUGACACCAGUGGUGAUCUGGUGUUCUAGCAAUUACUGUGGAAGUGCCAGUAGCAAGCACUAACAAAGCAACACGUUCAUGCCCCAUAGCAGAUACUUAGUAUUUAUAGCAGCCCACAUGCCAGAUGAGGCCUGAAUUGUGGGCCUUCAAAUCAUUUAGACUUGUUGCUGGGUAACUAUGUGUGGAACCACAGAAAACCUAAUAGGUGCUUGGAUGAUAGCCUCUCCUGAUGACAGAAGUCAAUGAGAUUAUGUAGGAAACCAGUUGUUGAUGGGCAUUUUGGAGAAAAGGCACCAAAAUAUAUGUAUUGAAUAGUGGCUUGUCUUAUAAGAGAUGUGUUACUUUGUAGCUCCUCUAGUAUCAGAACUUUUGUCUUAAUGGAAAUAUGUGUGGACUGCUCUGUGUUUGUGAUAUCAGCUGUCUUAAUGUCAACCCAGUCAUGUGCCUUUCAGCUAUACAUUUGAUGUUAACUUCAACACUGUGUUGUUUCAGUGUGAUACAUAAGUUUGAGUAACACAGAUAGUGGAAUGAGUUUAGGCAGUUUGAUUUAAUUUGCUCCUAUUUUCCAUUACGAUCAGUCAGUGUUAACAAUGAACUUAAAUAACUGUAAGAGGUAAGGAGAUUGCCCCUUACACACAAUGGUUGUGCACUCUCAUCUCAGAGUUAGUAUAUUUAAAGAAGUUUUUGUGUGUGUGUGGUGGUAGAGUGUUGCAUUUCCCCCUGCAAAAAUGUUUUUUUAUAUUAUCAAUAAAGCUGUUAUGGUUUGUCUUCUUUUAAAUUA